AUGGCCAACUCCUGCUGCUUGUCUUGCUGCCAGCCUUCCUGCUGCACGACCACCUGCUGUAAGCCAACCUGUGUGACAAGCUGCUGUCAGCCCUGCUGCAAGCCCAGCUGUUGUGAGACCACCUGUUGUAAGCCAACUUGUGUGAGCAGCUGCUGCUGCUGCACACCAUGCUGCAAGCCCAGCUGCUGUGAAACCACCUGCUGCAGGACCACCUGCUGUAAGCCAACCUGUGUGACCAGCUGCUGUCAGCCCUGCUGCAAGCCCAGCUGUUGCAAAACCAUCUGCUGCACAACCACCUGUUGUAAACCAACCUGUGUGACCAUAUGUUGCCAGCCCAGCUGUUGUAAAACCACCUGCUGCAAGACCACCUGUUGUAAGCCAACCUGUGUGACCAGCUGCUGCCAGUCCUGCUGCCAGCCCAGCUGCUGUGAAACCACCUGCUGCAAGACCACCUGCUGUAAGCCAACCUGUAUCACCAGCUGCUGCCAGCCCUGCUGCAAGCCUACCUGUUGCAAAACCACCUGCUACACAACCACCUGUUGUAAGCCAACCUGUGUGACCAGCUGCUGUCAACCCUGCUGCCAGCCCAGCUGCUGUGAAACCACCUGCUGCAAGACCACCUGCUGUAAGCCAACCUGUAUCACCAGCUGCUGCCAGCCCUGCUGCAAGCCUACCUAUUGCAAAACCACCUGCUGCACAACCACCUGUUGUAAACCAACUUGUGUGACCAGCUGCUGCCAGCCAAGCUGCUCUAAAACCACCUGCUGCAAGACCACCUGUUGUAAGCCAACCUGUGUGACCAGCUGCUGCUGUCCACCCUGCUGCCAACCGAGCUGCUGUGAGACCAGCUGCUGCAAGAUCACCUGCUGUAAGCCAACCUGUGUGACCAGAUGUUGCUGCAUACCCUGCUGCCAACCCAGCUGUUGUGAAAUCUGCUAUUGCCAGCCCUGCUGCUGCCAGCCCUGCUGCUGUGAGCCCUGCUGCUGCCAGCCCUGCUGCUGUCCAACCUGCUGUGAAAACACCUGCUGCUAG